AUGAAAGGCGGCGAAGAAAAAAUAAAUAAAACGAUUUUAUAUACGAAUAAAUCUCAUAUAAAAGAACGAAUAUUAACAGGUCGGGGGCAAGAGUUUCCUUCUUCCCCCCGAUCUCCGUCAAACGGAAUCUUAAACACUUCCGUCCAUUCGAAACGCGAAUUUAAAUCAAUAGGAAUAAAUAAGAAACCGGAAACGCGGGAAAAAGAACCCAAAAACGAAAUAUUAUCGAGGACAUUUUUUUUAUUUAAAAUUAAAAACUUGAUAAAAAUAUUCACGUAUGUAUUUAUUAUUUUUUUAUUAAUUAAUGAACAUUUCGAGGGAGUCGAAUCGUUUCCCGUGCAAAAAUCAAUCGACGCGACCGUGACAACGUUAACUAAAUUAAAUAAAAGUUUACCAAACGAAAGAAUUGUAAAUAAUCGAGGAAGAAUUUACGAAAACGGAGGAUCGAUGGGUAAAAAACAUAGGAAACAUAAUAGUAAUAAUAAUAAUAAUAGUAAUAAUAAUAAUAUAAAUAAUAAUAAUAAUAAAAAACAAGUGAAUAAAAAUUGUAAAGAAUACGAUAUAACAUCGCGAGCCUUUUUAUCCGAUGUAAUAUUCGAAGGUACGGCAAGAUCAAGAUCGAAAAGAUCAUCCGGACGAUACGUAACAUUUGUUAUAAAAAAAAUAUUAAAACAAGGUACGAAUAAUUUGCUUAAACAAAACACACAAAUAAGGUUACAUUUCGGCGGUAGAACAAACAACAACAACAACAAUAGGAAAACAAAACGAAUAAAUCCGCUGAACGACUGCCCACUUAACAGUAUUACAAAUGGUAAAAAAUCCAUGGUCAAUUUAAAAGUUGGAGAAAAUUAUUACGUUUUUGCCGACCAUCUUGGAUUAAUGAAUUAUACGGCAAAAGGUGAACCGAUUGUUGUCAACAGAAGAAAUUUAAAGUCUAUAAGAAGCGUCAUAACUAAAAAUAAAGUUUUGUUACGUCCACGCUCGGUAAUUUUUAUUACUUUUUACAUAAUAUUUUAUGUUGAUUUUGUUGAAAAACACAGACAGAGACGCAUGUUAACAAUAGCAAAAAUAAACGAUUAG